UUUACAAAUGAUCGUCAAGCUUUACGUUAUUGUAGACUGCGGUCAUCCUGCAAGGCGUAACUUGCAGUUCAAGUCGCUGGGCAUUUCACAAGCACACAUACUUACAACAGCCAUUUCCAGUCUUUUGCCCUUGACGCUUUAGAUUCAAUACCAUACAACAUGAGUAGAACAUGCAGUCCUCGUCAGCUGCUGUUCUGUUUCAUCGGCAUAUUCUGCCUUUUCAUGAUUUUCAUGACAGGAGCCCUUCUUCGCUAUCGUCUCCAAGUUCUCGACUCGCGUUCUUUUUCAGAGGCACGGAGACCUCUCCAAGACAACUUGCCUAGACCGCAAGGAUCAGUGAUUCCAAUGGCACCAGAGAUUCUCCGCGAACCGACGAUUGACCGCCCACGGCUAACAGCACCCGGUUCAAACUACGGGCUCUCUCCCACGGAGUGCCGUGCCAGAUUUGCAGGUCUCUUCGACGAGAUAGAUCGCUCCGUUGCGCUGCGAAAGGAUCUGGGAAACGUCAGCUCGGCGGAUAUCGAUUUGUCUUGGAUCCCUUAUGGAGCAAUGCGGGUUAUGAUAUACAACCACAAGCUCUACAUCAUCGAGGCAAAACUCGACGGAAAAGGCCACUACCCCCGCCUUCUCGCCAUUCUCCACCAACUCAACCGCGCCAUCACAUCCUCACCCUCCCGUCUCCCCUCGAUAGAAUUCUCCUUCGUCGUAAACGACAUAGCCGAUGAAUCUCACAAUCACCGCACAAUCUGGGCUUUCUCGCGACAUGUCUCUCUCGACGACGAAAUGUGGCUUAUGCCAGACUUUGGGUACUGGUCGUGGCCGCUUGAGCUGGUGGGCGAGUACGAGCAGAUACGCACUGAGAUGCGGGGCAGCGAGGUAGAGUGGGAGAAGAAAGUUCCCAAGGUGCUUUGGCGAGGGGCUGUUAAGACGAAUAAGGAAGUAAGGGGUGCGCUGAUGGGGGUUACAAGAGGGAAACCAUGGGCGGAUGUGGAGGAAGUUAUUUGGAAGGGCAGAACGGCUGUGAGUGAUGGGAGUGCUGCGUUGCCAAUUGCGGAGCACUGCAAGUAUCAGUUUCUUGUUCAUACUGAAGGACGCAGCUACUCUGGUCGAGGAAAAUAUCUUCUUAACUGCGCGUCCGUUGUGAUAACACAUAAAGCCGAGUGGAUUGAGCCUCAUUCGCACCUUUUCAUUCCCUCAGGACCGCACCAGAACGUCGUAGAGGUUGAACACGACUUCUCUGACCUCGAGGCAAAAGUACAGGACCUCUUGCAGAAUCCAGAGCGCGCAAAAGCUAUUGUAAAUAAUAGUAUAGCAACAUUUCGUGAUAGACAUAUCACACCAGCAGCGGAGGCAUGCUAUUGGAGACAGCUCUUUCUGUCGUGGGCUGAUGUGAGCUUCCGUCCAGAGCCAUGGGAAGUUGAUGAAAAUGGGAGGAAAAGGAUAAGGGGAGUUCCCUUUGAGACGUUUGUGAUUGAAGCACUCGACCGAUGUUCUUGGGGGAAGUGGCUCACGCUUCAGUGUUAAGUGUUGGCUUAGUAUUUGUUUUGGGAGCUGGUAACUAGCAACGGGGUAAGGUUAUUAUUUGGGAGUGCACAGAGCAACA